AUGGCGAAACAAGAGCCCGUUUCUAACGUGACCCUGAGGGCAAAUGAAGUCAAUUUGGUGGAGUUCAAUGAUACAGCAGUCCUGGUCUGCUCUGUGUCCAACGGCUCCUCCCUUUCUUAUGUGUGGCUGAACGGCAGCUCUGAGGUUACAGCCAGUGAGGGAGUUCAGCUCAGCGAUGACAACUCCACUCUCACGAUAGUCAGUGUGACCCGCUACGACCAGGGACCGUUCAGAUGCAACGUCUCCAACGAUAUCAGCUAUGAAACCAGCAAGCUUGUACAUCUGAACAUCAGCUAUGGCCCAAGUGACCCGGAGAUAAGGGUUAUGCCCAUGAAGGACGCCUACAGAACAGGAUCUGACAUCACACUGACAUGCUCGGCGGAGUCCAACCCUGCAGCGAAGAUCCAGUGGCUCAUUGAUGGAACACAUCUCGACCAGUUUGGCUCACAGCUUCACCUGGAGCACGUUCAGGAAAACCAAACAGGAAGUUACAAAUGCCUGCUUCACAACACCGUCACAUCCAGGUUCUCCAGCGCGAGUGCGAUGAUCAGGAUUGUGGAGCCAAUAUCAGCAGUUGUGGUGAAUAAUGUUGGCAGGCCGCCGAUACUGAACGAGUCAUUCACUCUGCACUGUGAAGUGACUGGACCAGUAGACUACAUUCACUGGUGGAGAAAUGGUGAAAUCAUCUCCAUUAGCAACACAACAGCCCUUAUUAUGGGCAACAACACUUUGACACUCAACCCAGUCCAGCAUUCAGAUAAUGGAGAUUACCAAUGUGAAGCUUUUAAUGCUGUGAGCAACAUGACCAGCCAUAUAUACACAGUCAUUGUAAACUAUGGACCAGAAAAACCAGUGAUCACAGGACCAUCCAUGGCCCUGGCGGGACGAUCCGUGACCUUCAACUGUUCAUCCUCCUCUUAUCCUGCCAGCCACUUCAGCUGGUUCUUCAAUAGCUCCCAAGUGGUUAACACCUCAGAGUUAUUAAUUGGACCUCUGACCAUGAGCAUGAGCGGGAAGUACGUCUGCAUGGCCCACAACAACAUUACCGGCCACAGCAGCACUGCCUACAAGAAGCUCACCGUUUUGGCUCCAGUGACGAUGACAUCAGUAAAAAUUGCUGGAGUUCAGCCAAUAGUGAACCACACUUUCACUCUGACUUGUCAAACCGCUGGAAGCGUCGAGUCUAUCCACUGGAUGAUGGAUGGUUUGCCGCUGCAUGCUGACAGCAGGAGAAACUUUUCAAUGGACAACACCUCUCUCACCUUCUACCCAGUCCUGCGUUCUGACAACGGAUACUACCAGUGUGAGGCGUCCAACCAAUUCAGCAACUUGACCAGUAAAAACUUCAUGCUGCAAGUCAUUUAUGGACCAGACAAGCCCACCAUUACUGGACCAGCAUUCGCGACGGCAGGACACAGUGUCACUCUCAGCUGCUCAGUGUCAUCACAUCCUCCCAGCCAUUUCAGGUGGUUCUUCAAUGGCUCCAUGGUGGCCAACACGUCAGAGUACAUAACGGGUCCGCUUUCCUCAAACAUGAACGGGAAGUACGUCUGCAUGGCCUACAACAGUAUCACUGGCAGAAACAGCACAGCCUACAAGAUGCUCACAGUACUUGACCCAAUAACAGAUGUACGAAUAGAAACACCUUCGAGGUCCGCCAUUGAAGGUCACUCAUUUACCCUAAACUGCAGUGUGACUGGACCUGCUGAGUACAUUCAUUGGACGAAAAAUGGUGCACCGCUGUAUGCAAACAACAGAAUUGUCCUCUCAAUGGGUAACAAGACGGUCACUCUCAACUCAGUGGAGAGUAAUGCUAGUGGCGACUACACAUGUACAGCUAUCAAUGCUGUGAGCAACAUGACCAGCAUGCCAUAUACGCUCCUUGUGAACUGUGAGUAUCAAAACUCAUAG